AUGCCUGCUCCAACUGUUGAACAGUUUGUUGAAGCUGUGAAAGAAACUGUAUUAGCUAACAAACGUUGGAUUUCACCUCCAGGUAAAGGAUCAUUGUACAUAAGGCCAUUGCUAGUAGGAACUGGAGCUGUUCUUGGUCUUGCUCAUGCUCCUGAUUACACUUUCCUUAUCUAUGUUUCAACUACUUCAAGGAAGGCGUGGCACCGAUCAACUUGA